AUGGCCGUGCCCGGGGUGCUGCUCGCCGUGUCGCUGCUCCUGCUGCCAGGGGGGUUUCCAGGGGCUGCCAGUGACUCUGUGACUCUGAGGGAAGGAGAAAAUCUAAAUCUUCACUGCAGCUUCAGCACCCCCAGCAACAAAAACUUCACCCUGCAGUGGUCAAACCCUCAGGGUUUCACCAUUUUCCUCAACACCCACCAGGUUUUAAGAGACCAGAGGUACAAACUGCUCCGUUAUUCCAAGGAUGAAUUGUCCAUCCAGCUGUCCAACCUGACAGUGCAGGAUGCAGGAAUUUACAGCUGCUUCUACUACAGGGGGCACGUCCAAAACAAGAGCCGGAAUGUUGAGAUUUUGGCUGCUCCUUCCCACCCCGUGCUGGAAGUGUCCCAGGAUGAAGGAGGAGGCAUCAAACUCUCCUGCUACACCCAUGGGGGCAGACCCCAGCCCCAGAUUUCCUGGCUGCUGGACAACGGGAUCGAGCUCCCAGGUGACACCAGGCACCAGCUGGCAGCCGAUGGGAAGAAAUGGAGCACCAGGAGCACCCUGAGGAUCCUCAGCUACAGCCCCCAAGUGACAGCCAGCUGUGUCACCCAGCACCCUGCACUCGGGGCACGGAGGCUGGUGGCAUCUCUCCACUUCCAGGACCUCCCCAGCACGGGCUGCAAACAAGAAACCAGACUUUCAGAGGAUGCAGAAGUUGCCAGCCCUUCAGAGAAUCCAGCAGUUUCCAGUUCUCCAGAGAAACCAGCAGAGAACCCAGAAGUUUCCAACUCUUCUGCAUCUCCAGAGAAUCCAGAAAUUUCCAACUCUCCUGCAUCCCCAGAGAAUCCAGAAGUUUCCAGCCCCUCUGCAUCCCCAGAUGAUCCCGGAGUUUCCAACUCUUCUGCAUUCCCAGAGAACCCAGCAGUUCCCAGCUCAGCACCACCGCCAGCCCAGCCAAACCUCACGGACGUCACAUCCAGCGUUGUUAUUAAUAGUUAA